AUGGCCCACUUGAAGAUGCAGAUGGACUUCCUGGCUAAGCACUUGCUAUCUGGCAAGACUAAAAUAAUUAAGGCUGUGGAUGCUCAGGGUACCGUAUCUGUAUUUGUUGAUGCUGAGGCCAACUAUAUGAGUAAUCAGGGGGUUUCUGAGUUGGAGCAACAGAUGAGUCAACUGUCGGCUACUCUGAACCAGAGAAAAGCAGGCACUUUACCUAGUGAUACAGUUCAGAACCCGCGGACUGAUGGAUCUUGUUUGGCGAUUACCACUCAGAGUGGUAAGCUAUUAUCUAGCCCUUCUAUGGGCAAAGUUGUGGAAAAGGUGGUAAGUGUUGAUGAAUUAGAAGGAAGAAAUCUAGUGGAGUCUGAGAAGAUGGAUGGCUUUGUUGACAUGUUAGAGAAAGAAGACGACAAGAAAGAGGAAGUGGCAUGGAAAUAA